UGCGAACUAAAGAUGGACUCUGACCUUGAGUCAGUGGCUUUGUUUACUUUGGCGGCUCGUGGUUUGCUUAAGGCCCCGCUUAAGAACAUGGUCCAAGGUUUGCAGCAAGCACCUGCAGUUUGAGAAUAAAGGUGAUGGCUCGAUGCCUAAAUUCAUACGCUCAGAAAGUCAUGCAUGAAGAGCAUUACGAAGAAGACGUUGAUGAUGAAGACUUGGAUGAUGACGAUGUUGAUGGGUAUGAAGGACUCAGUGACUACGAUGAAGAUGACAUACCUGGAUCCUCUGGCUACGGAAGCCACAGUUUUGGUAAUACUGGAAGUGAGGGCAAAAGUGCUGACUUGCGGCGCCAGAGAUCUAUUAGCGAAGGUGGUGCUGUGUACUGUGUCGAGGCUGGUGAAGACAACAGGCAAGUUUUUUAAUGACUUUUGUGGUUUCUUCUAAAAAUUAACAUGUGGUUCUCAUCUAAGUUUCAAUCUAGGGUGGUGGUUGGAUAGGUGGGUACCCGAAAACUUGUCCUGGGAGUUAAAUGUGAUGUAGGUAUUGAUGUCCAUUAGGUGUAGAGUGGUUUCCGAUAUUAUUCCGAACAAAUUACUUUGUUGGUAUCUGCUAACAGAAUGGUGGUUUUAGAUUAUAUUUGUGCUCAUCACAGUGAUGCAUAAAGCCUAAUACAAACCAAGUGUUGCGUACCGUCUCUGGUCCCGAACUUUCAGUAUCGUUUACCUCAAAAGCUAUAGACAACUGGUGAUUAGUUUGCACUUGAGUACUAUCUUAACUUCACCCCAGUAAAUCUCGGUGGUCGAAACUGACGUUCCUUAAACGUACGUUUCAGAGUCGGAUAUUACAUGACUUCUGUUACUAUAGAAACCACCUUAGUAACAAAAACAACUGUCGUAAGAAUGCGUUUGAUGCCAUCUAGGUUAAACAUCUGAAGAGUGAUUUUGGAUACCACAAGUCCCAGUGUUCCAACAUGUUUAUGUUUACUUGAGACAAAUUCAAUCCUACUGCAUACAUGGUCGUUAAAGCUUUCUUUGCGCGUGGGAAGACGUUCGGAUCUCUCCUUGUGUUCACUGUUUUGUAGUGCUCUCUAAUUAGCUGCACUAGGUAAUGGUCAUUUACAAAAAUUGAGGAAAAACCCUACAAACGGUUACUAUCAGUAACAAUACUGGGACGUUAAAAAGGUACAAUUGAAGGUAUGCUAAUGUGAACUAGUCAGUGAAUCAUUAAGAUUAAUCACCAUUGAUCUCAGUAAAAGUUUGUUCAGCAAUGUUCAAAGUACCAUUUUGAAGACGAUCAGUCAUAUACGUCGCGAGGUCUGGGAUGAGUAUGCAUUCUUCACACCAACAAGGUAGAGAAAAACUAGUCGAGCGAAGUAGUAUUCCUAGAAUGAGCGGCUUAGCACAUACCUUUAAAUGAGGAGGUAAGAUGAAUGACAAUGUUUUGGUACCGAGCUUGGUGUUAAUAAAAUACCACUGUAGAACCAAUCUUGUGUUUUUGUAUAAGUAUUCUAGUAGGAGUGUCGAAUGAAGUUACUUUCUGAUAACUCACCAUAGUUAAUUUUACCUCUGUAAUUACAUGACGGUCUGAUCUUGAUUUAAACAUAUUUAUAAGAUACUCGUUGAUAUCUGGCGUGUGUCUAGCGUAUUAUGGAACGACUAGGAAGAUCCUAUCAUUUUAAAAUGAAUCGCUGCCAUGGCUUGUUCACGUCGUACACGGUGUCUCGUAAUAUAUCAGACUUAGCCAUAAUCUCACAACGUGUUUGUUGACUGGAGUUUUCUAUCUUCAUUUUUACCCUACGUAUAUCGUUAAAUUCGUAAAAAUGAAUUGAUCUAUCGUGCUUCGAUAUAUCUGCUAUCAAGUCCAGUACGACUAGGUUCGAACUCAGUCUGUACUAAUGGCUACACUAGAUCCUAAAUUGCCGUGAAAUUAACCGUCCAAGAAUGGGUUCUCUUUAUGGUCUGCAAACCUCCCUAUAAAGUACCAUUUUCCAUAUGAUAAAUCUAUUACACAACUUUUACUUGGUUUUCAAUGUAUUAUUACUAAGGUUUGUUACUUUUGACGAACCAUUCUCAGGUUGAUAAAUAACAUUGCUUGUGUGGUACCUGUCCUUGAGUUUUCAACAAUCUUAGAUUACCAAAUCUACGUUGACUUUCAGACGGGAUCAUCACAACCAACUUGAACGUAAAAGACGUGCAAGCAUCAAAACAAGUUAUAAUGACCUUCGAGAAGUUAUCCCGGGUUUACGAGGAUCGAAAGCAUCUAGGGCAGUUAUACUACAGCGCGCAGUUGAGUGUAUCGAAGAGUUGGUCAAACUGAAUCGUGACCAUACUGUUUGUGUUGAAACGCUGAAACGUCAGAACGACCUGUUGGAUUCUCGAGUAAGUCGUGGGACUAAUAAUUUUUUAUGAUCACACCAACAUUGUAAAUCGGUUUUUUAGAUGUAUUGGUAGACGUCAGCAGAACUAACGGUUAGACAUUUACGUAGUUUCUACGUUUCUAUUAAUUUACUAAUCAAUGUACAGGUAUCAACUACCAAGCAAUGCAACGAAAACUUCAGUAGAAAACCAACCAUAUGUCUAAAAGAAUGUAACGUGGAUUGAUUAACGUGGGUACAUUCAUACUAACUACGGAUACAUUUGUACAUUUUAAGUCCUUCACACAAUCUUCAUCGUCUGUCACUGGCUUUAUGGAUCAAACAGAUGUCAAUUAUUACUACAGACAGACACGUGAACCUUGGAUGCCCUCAGUUUAUAUUGCCUCAUUUCACAUCUAAACAGCAAUAAUUAUCAAUGAAUGGAGAAACGUUUGCAACUGAUUAUAAAACAAUGACAAAAAUCUAGAUUAAGACGCGAAAUAGAAUGUAAUUUAGUACUGUGAUGUGUUAAUAUAAACACAUAAACCGAUGCAUAUAUGUGCCUGGACCUACGUUGUAGCUGAAUGACAAACACUAAACAAUUGCCAGAUAAAUUUUGAAUAAAUAUGCACCAUGAUCGGUUUCGGGCAAUUCUACAUAGUCUCCAACAAUUAUUUCUCGUACGUCAACCAGGGAGACACGUCUCAAAGCACACCUCAAAAUAAAAAUUUAUAAUCCCAUGGACACGUUAUAUCCUAAUCUUAACUGUUUUCACCUACCGCUAGAUGACAUAUAGUCCAAGGUAGAACUAGACUGAAGGAUUUUAGAUAGUUUAUUUUAACUUACAAGUAUAAAAGUCAUCUAACAUAUUUAACGUUCAGCAUGUAUAACGAACGGAAAACAAACAUGCCACGUUAUUACUUUCACGGCAACUUCCUAAUAUAAGUAAGAAUGUCAGGAGAAAUGUUCGAACGCAUGCUAAUAACGAGUAUUACAAAUGACUGAUGUUUUCAGUUAAUUUUCUACAUUAGCCAUGCUGUUCAAAGUCCAGUCUAGGUUUAAUUUACUGUAUUUGAUAUGUUGAGCCAGCUUUUCAUUUUCAUAAGUUAGGGUCUAUGUUUAUAUUUUGUAUCGUCUACUUUCCAGGUUCAAGAGCUCCAACGUUUGGUGCAGCGAAUGGAUGGCGAAGAAGCGUGCAACACUCCAACAUCAAGUUCUUUUGCUAACACUAUUUCUCCGAAUAAUAAUGUCGCCCUUCGAUUAAUAUCACCAACAGCUUCGGGUGUCCCAAUGUAUCGCUGUAUGUCUCAAGAUCCACUCCAGUCAUCUACAUCAACAGAAUGUGUAAGUGUGGUAUCUGAACGGUUGUAUGAAAUAAUUCAAUUUAAGUCCAAUAUCUAUUUAAUUUUAUGUGAAAAGGCCUUAGCUACACCGUUAACUUCGGUUAACAGUUCAGAUAUCUGUUGGUAACCUACAUUUCUGUGUAGAUAAAAUUAACAGCUGUCCUGCCUACGGUAUUUGUUUUACGAGAUUUAGACUCAUCCUUCACAUCCAAUUCACCACUUGUUUUUAUAGGUAUACAUGUCGAUUUUCCUGAUUUCAUAUUCCAUAAAUGUCAAGUUCUUGUUAGCGCUAAUAUACUCCCAGCUAUAGAUAUAGGCCACUUUCCUUUAUUCAUUCAGAUUAAAUAUCCACCUCAGUUAUCAAACUGAGAAAAAAAUCACUGCUGAUUUACACACUGCUUCAAGUGUACACGCUUCUUGUUCAAAUACACAAUCAUAAUUAUUUAACCUGUUACCACUCAUAUAGCGUAGGCCACCAACUGGGAGUCUCUAACAAACUCCAUCCAGAGCCAUUCUUCAUAGUCGUUCCAGACUGCUAUUCAUUCUUUCGAUGUCCGGCUCUAAUUCCCGGAGCAAUGUGUUUCCUGGUUUUACUGUUUUUUCGCCUUGAGGAUUCCAAGUUAGGGCUUACCUUGUGAUGCAGUCUGAUGAUUCCUACAAUGUGUGUCCUAUCCAGAGUUUUCCUAAUCCCCUCUUCACCUGAAAGCUGAUUUUGUUCUCUGCCGCAACCGAUUAAUGUUGAUGUUCGUUGUAGUAGUUCUUCGAGUUCCAGUUCCGUGUAGUGAAGCUGUCUUAACGCUUGUGUUAGAAAUUCUAACUUCGGUCUCGGGUGACGGUUGUCUUGAGUUCCAGAUGUAUAGUAGGAAUGCUACCCUUGUUUUGGCAAUCCGAGCCUUCACAUCUGCAUCAUAUGCACCUUGUUUAUCAAUGGUGCUGAGCAGGUACGUAAAUGCUUCCGCCUCUUUCAUUGUGACUUGGUUGGUGCUCGCUGUGUCGUGUUUUAGGAUCUUGCUUUUCCCCUUGUAAAUGUUGAGGCCUACUGAUGCAGAGGCUGGUGCCAUACUGACUGUCUUCAUCUGCAUUUGUUGGUGUGUGUGGAAUAGAAGAUAAUAUGCGAAGUCCAAAUUGUCUAGAUGUUUAUUGCAUUUUGUCCUUCCCCUGUGAUGUGGAGAUCUUCAUAGUCAUGUCAACAACUAGAACGGAAAGGGCGAAAGUGAGCAACCUUUCCUGACACCAGUCUUGAUUUGGAAUGCAUCUGUCAGUUGUCCUCCAUGCACAACUUUGCGAUUCAGUCCAUAUGUUUUUGAUGAUCUUCUCAGAUACAUCAUCGUUUUAGAGAAGGUUUCACGAGGUUCUCCUAUUCAAAUUGUCAAACGUCUUCUCAUAGGCAAGGGAGUUGAUGUAUAAUGAAAAAUUCCACUCACUUGACUACUCAACAAUGAUCUGUAGUCCCGUAUACUGUUACUCUGUAAGAAAUCCAGCCCAUUGGUCUCGAAGUUAGGCGUCUACGGAGUCUUAUUUAGUUUAGCAGCAUUCUGUCUGGAACUCACUGGAAAUGGUAGUUGUGUAUUUUCUUUGAUGUUCUCCCACUUGCUUAGAUUUUUCUUUAGUAUCUUAAUCUGGUAUCCUUCUUUCCAAUCCAUUAGUAGUUGUUGCUCCAAAAUCAUUCUGGAAAAAUGUCAGUUUUUCUUCUGGGAAAAUGUCAGUUUUGUAGCUACCGCUGUAUCUGACUUCAUCUGGUACUCUGUUUGGUCCUGCUGUUUUGCCACUCUUUAUCUGUCUAAUGGCCAUGCUGAUUUCUAAUUUUAGUGGAGAGACAUCUGUCAUGAUGUUCAGGUCCUUUCCUGGACACUUACGAUCGAUUGCAGCGUCUCAUAAAACUGAUCUUUGUCGUCUUCGUUUCUAUCAUUAGUAGGUGGAUAUCACUGGACAGUUUUCAUCGUAAGCCCCUCCUUUGUUUUGAACACUCCUUUUAUGAUUUUGGAUCCAUGAGAUUCUUGUCCUAUAAGUGCUUUUCAUGCUUCUUUGGACAGCAGUAUAAAUCCUUGUGUGGGUGAAGCACUUUCUUGUUCACGACCUGAGUGCAGCAACAUCUCUCCUGUGUCUAGCGUUUUCUGUCCAGUUUGGCUCCGAUGGGUUUUACUUAUUCCGAGAACCGCUUGGUUGUAUCUCCUUAUUUCUGCGGCUGUUUUACUAGUCUUCCCAGUCUCCUACAUUGUUCGGACAUUCCAUGUGCCUAUAUUGAUUAGUUCUGGUUAUCAGAAUGGCCAUCGACCUCAUGAGUUCCGAAUAAUCUUGGCUUUCACAAUGAUUCGUUAUAACUCUUCCAAACAAAGAUUCUUCAGCUCACAGAGUUUAAAUAGUUUAAAUGGAUUUUUCUGAUUACCCGUUUUUAUCAGGGUUGUUUUCUGUGAAAUGCUGUUUAUCUCAUCGCCAAACCUCUAUCUUGGCUCGGGACCGGCAGUAUUCCUAGAAGAGCUCCAGGUGGAGCUAUGUAAUCAUAAUAAGAAGUGGUAAGUCGUGAUAGUCAUAAUAGUACGUCUGACUAUCGGCUUUUUUAGAUAUAGUAGUAAUGGCUAAGUUUAGCUUCGGUAUUGGAUUUAAUUACAAUCGUUCUUGAUUGAGUGUUCUUAUACUUUUCUCCCUGAGCAUUCAUUAGUCAUCACUCGUUCGUUUGCUUUAUUUUUACCUGAUUUAUGUUUCUGAUAUGUUAGUCUGAACUACAAGUGAUAUUACAAUUAGACAUCAACCUAUGGAUUUCCUGUAAUAAUUGAUAUAUUUGCUGUUAGCGGGACAUAGACUGGAUUAAAGCAUGCUCAAUGCACGAUUGCUUUGCUGCACGCUGACUGGCUAAUUCUUAUCCAAUCAGCACUAGUCGAUAGUUGGAGAAUACUCUAGAAUCUUCUCAUGUAAAAACUAUAAACAUACUAACGUUUUCUCUAUUGUGCUUCUUACUUGCAUCUUACUUCCAUCUAACCUGGCUAUUUGAAAUAUAAUCUCUUUCCUGUUCAACCGUGUUCUGAUUUGGGGUGUUGUCGAGUGGUUUGGUGUCCAAGAGUACUAAGCAGUAGGAAUAGCUAGGUCAUAACCGUAAGAAAGAGAUUAUGACAUUUACCAUCUUGCGUAAGUCAUUUGACUGUAGGCUUAACCACAUUGCUCAUUCGCUCUCUACAUGGCGGUUGCAACAACCCGUCAUUAUAAACCAAGCUCACAUAUUGAUUAUAGUCAUCCAAUUUUGGCUCAGAUAUUACCUAAUUUCUGGAAUAAACCUUGACAACUAUCUUUUAUUGUAUUUAUGUAUUUCUUCAUUUCAGCCCGGAACUGCUUCUGGUACAGAAUAUGUGUCGUCUAGUCAUCCAUCUGUUCUUCAGUCACAAAAACCUGUUCUGUGCACUAUGGCAAAUUAUUCUCCUUCUGCGCUUGGCCGUGCUAACACAGUAAUGCAUUUCGUCACUAACACGAGUGCCAUAAAUUCAAUCGGGGGACUGGCGACCGACAGCAACACCACGAGCCUAGUUUCUAGUUCACAUUCUGCAUUUUCCCCUUCUGUUUCCUCGUCUGAUGGAUCCAGUACUGGGCCUGCACGAUCCCUCUCCCAGCGGUCUAGUCCUGGUGGGUUGUCAUCUUCGUCUAAUACUUCAUCUAACCCGACAUCACGGCAAUCCUUUAGGACAGAUGAUGACUACUCAGCAGUUUCGAGGGAAGUAAAUUCAACAGGGUCGUUAGAAAAUAUCCCAACAUCCGCGGAUGGUACCACACAUUCAAACAUCAAACCAGUUCGUCAACAGUUGCGUUCAUCUUCUAGUCCUUCACGUUCUUCUCCACCACCGAUUUUAUCGACUGUACCAACUUUGUUACCCGCUUAUCGUAAAUCAGAUUCUCCUAUACAUUCAUCACACUCACUAAACUCAGGAAGUUGCAAUUCGCAAGGGAAUUUAGGCGGAAAAUCGAAGCGUCGCAAAUUUAGAUGAAUUUUUCUCAGUAGUCUUCCUCAAAUUCUCAAGUUUAUUUUGUUUUUGUUCCACAUAAAUUCUGGGAUGUUUUGUCACAUUAUAUCUCGAUGGUUUCUUAGUUUUACCCAGGAUUUCUAUUUUACCAAACGUCGAAAUAAUUUCCCCCGUAUUCGGGUUUUCAGUUUUCUUUUGUCAAUUUUAUUGACUAACCGAGUAGAUUAGUUUCCACAGAUGAACACUCAAGUUAUGGGUUAUUCAUGAUACUCUUCUAAAUCCACUUGCUGUUUGUCAGUCAGUUUUCACUUAGACUAAUUUAUGUGUAGUUAAUUUAUUAUGCUUAUUUAUAUAUCUAAUAUAUAUGCUUGUAUAUCAGCUUUAUUUUUGCUAUGCCAUCUAAAGUUUGGUUUAAUAAGCGGUUUUUCAUGAAAAUUUGUUUCUUCCUUUGAAGCUUACGCUGAAGAGGAAUCCAGUGUAUUAUUUUCCAGUUUCUCACUUUGUCUCUUGAUGACAUGUUCUAAUCAUUUCUGCCAAAGAACUAAUUAUCAUAAAGAACUCAAUUAUGGUUUAAGUGUAUUGUUUCAUAUUUUAUGAUGCGUAUGUUGUACUUACAAAGACAGUUCAGUAAGUUGAAGCUAUUUGUCUGUGAGAAAUCUUAUGUUACCUCUAUACUAUGCAAAUCUUUAAAGAUAAACGGUUUAGUCCGGGCAUAAACAUCUGAUGUAAGUUGUGUGUGUAUACGUGACAUUCCUCAAAAGUAUAAACCCACAAAAUGCAUGAUCCGGCUUUCCAACUUGAUAUUUGUAAGAUCACAGACUACCCAUAUUUUGUACCAAUUCUUAGUUAGUCGUUUUUUUUCAAGGUAUACCGGAAGCAUGGCUUAAUUUGGAAUUUAGAGUCCUGUUCUCAUAUUAGUUAAUCGGGUGUAACAUUCACGUUAACAGUUGCAAAUCCGUCAGCAAUGACCUGGAGAAGUAAACGAAAAUAGGUUUCGCAUCGCACAUCAAUAAACCUGCAUGCAGAAUUGUGUGCUAUCUAACUUAUCAAGUUAUCAUAGCUUGUUGAUUAUCACUAAAAAACCAGCUGACUCAUCAAGUACGUUAUUUCGUAAAUAGGUUGGUGGAGUGGUCUCGUCCAUAAGUCAAGAUAAGUCUGGCUAGUUUAGAGUUUCAGUACGAGAUGGUUUGGGAAUUACCAAGUGAAGUACGGUUUUCUGUUUGACAGUUGUACAACAAUAGUAAAGAACUACUUUACAGCUGGAUCGCUCAUCAGCAUGUGAUCAUAACAACCUUACGAAAUUAUUUCCAUAUUAGCUUUUCCAAAAAGUAAUGCUUCCUGUACAAAGAUACAUUACGUCCCACAAAAGUCUUUGAAAUAGAAUACCUAAGUGGUUUCAAAGGAUCGGGUCGUAGCACUUAGUUAACCUGUGUAGCACUACAUUAGCCUAAUUUUAUCCGUUUGUUUAUAUUCUUGAAAAUAUCUUAAACGUAUAUUUAUGCCAGUCUAACAACCAUUGGAGACGGAGAGUUACUGCUGGUUGCUUCAGCUUUCGUCUAUGGACGUCAUCUCAAGCAUGUGUCUUCCAGUAGGUAUGUCGUUCUCUAGCUCCUUUGAUUAAUGGUGUAGUGUUAGUUAUCUUCCUUAAAAAAUAAGUUAAUAUUACCCAACCACAAAAUCUGGAAAUAUUUUUUAGCAUAUCUCUCGUUAGUGAAUAUUAGCUAGAGCCGUCUACAUUGUUGACAUCAGUUGUAUGACAUGUACUCUCGACUUCUCAUUCACUUUUAAUUCAAGAGGAUGAGCUACGUUGAAAGAGAACGACAAAUGAAAGUUGUCAGAUUCAUGUGUAAACUUCAUAGCUUGCUUUUCAUGCUAAUGAUCAUGUUCUCUGUAGUAAUCAGGCAUUCGCGUUUCCCCCACAUGGUUCACGUAACAAAAGGUCAGAUGGAUUUUUAUGGGUUAUCCAGAAAAGAAAUUGGUUUGUAACAAUGCUACUGUCGGUCAUAUUCAAUGUUUCUAGCAGCAAGAAAAACCAUCAAUGAAAUUCUGGUAUCAAAGCUUCCAAUUUAGUUUACAAAUUAGUAUUUCGUAUAGCUAUCGAUUAUUUUCUACCCACUAAGAGUUAUCACGAUAGGAGUAGAAUGUUUAUAGGGUUGUGGCGUUCCAGCUAUGUUCGUGUUGAGGAGGAUCAGUGUUCAGUUUCUUAGUUAUGGUGUCUACACCUAAAAGUUAGUGAUAGACUUCAAACAUUCGAGUUCUGGAUUAUAUUAUUCACAAAUAUGUAUUUGCCCUCAAAAUCUGUAUUCAUUUGUCCCGAUUAGUUUGAGUCUACUUCUAGUUACCAUAACUUGUAUCAAUGCUGUAGUUAAUCAUUAAGAGGUAGGAUCCAAGGUUCUCCAUCAAUUUCAAUAUUACAGUAUGAGGUCCUUUUCUGAUAUAUUUAAUUUUUCUAUGGUUCCUCAUCCCUAUCUAAUUAUUUAGUUUCAUGGUAUUUAUGAAACCAAUGUGAGAUUUCGUUCAAUGCAACUGGAUGGCUUCGGCUAUUUUUAUCUUUUUAUUCAUCAAUUUACUUUUGUAUCAGUGUUUUGUUAACAGAUGCUUCAUGACUCAAAUAUACCAGACCAAGGUUUGUAGAAAUAAUCCCAUUGUCACCUUUCAGGCACAUGUUCCGAUUUCGAUUUCAGAAUUUACAUGUUUGAUACAUUGCUAUACACACAAAUUCCAUGUAGGUAGUUAGCUUUCAGAGCAUUUUUCCAGGAAGUUGCUUAUUUUACUUUCCUAAUACAGUUAGGUGCAGAAUAUUUAGGGAUCCAUAUUAUUGGAGUUAUUUCAAUUCAUAACUAGUUGGUUGUUAUUUCAGACAUGCAAUAGUACUAAAGAAUUAAAUAACUUAGUCUUCAAAAAAGAAACUACGACCGAAAAUACACUAUAUCUAAUAAACCUGAUUAGUUUUAAAUACACGUAGUAAUGAUAUUACUUACGGUACAGUGUAUUUAAAGCUAAUCAGGUUUGUUAGAUAUGGUGUAUUUUCGGUCGUAGUUUCCUUUUUGAAGACUAAGUUAUUUAAUUCUUUAGUACUAUUGCAUGUCGGAAAUAACAACCGACUGGUUAUGAUUUGAAAUAAUUAUAUAGAUCCGUAACUAUUCUGCACAUCGUACUACAGUAUAUGUUAAGAGGACAGUAGAAAUAUUGCUCUAACCAUGGUAGUUAUUACUAAAUUUAAUGGUUUUUCCACUUUGGACGGUAUUAGUAGACUUUUAAGGCGAUUAUAUUCUUUCCACAUAUAUCAGAUGUGCCCAGAAAUAUAGUAAUUAUAUAUAUAAUAUGCGAUAAACCGGUUUCACAAUUUUAAAUAAAUUAAGAAGGAACGAAUUGUGCGAAGAACUUUCUUAUCAAUUAGUUUUCAACUAAUUGAAAAGAAAGUUCUCUCAAUUCGUUCCUUCUUUAUUCACCAAAUGUCAAAAUGGGAAUUUUCACUAUAUUUAAAUAAAUUAUUCUACAGUUUUGUAGGCGUUCCUGUAAAAAUCUUUCUACGGUUUAAAUCCAAUUGAUGUGGAUACGAGUUUCGUCUCGAUAUCUCUUCUGUAGACGUUACCGCAAAAUACAUAUGCAAACAGAUUGUUCAAAAGUGGAUUCGGAUGUGUUUUCGAAUUUCUUCCCGUAUUUUUUUAUCCGAUCAAUAGCUAAUCAAGAAUGUAAGAAGCUGGUUGCAGAACUGUUUAUUCCAUAUUCGAUCCCAGCUUCAACUAAUUUUGAAGUUCAGCAGGAUCGUAGGCAACGACGAUUUUCUUUUGAAUGUUCAGUUCACGAACCCUUAUCGGUUUUCUUCACUCGUCUUAUAUCUUCCAUUAAUGGCCAGUAUUUGAAAGGAAGGAGUAUAUCAACCAAUAACAGAGUUUAUUUAGCUACAAAAGCUAACUUGGUUUGCAAAAGUACAGAUGGAUCUACUGCUUUAACAGAAUUUAGUAAUGACAAGACUCUUGAAGAUUGUUUUCUAUCAGACUCUACUGAUAAUAAUGCCAGUAAACCGUAUCAAUUAUUGUUGCAAAUAAACUUUUCCAUGCAUGACUAUCCUGAAAAAAAUACCUUGCUUGUUUAUGUUGUCCAGAGAAACCCAGCACAUUUAAUCCAAUGCCGUUUAAAUACAAUUCCAAUGGUGGGUUGCCCUGUUGUACCGCUUCUCGAAGGAGAAAAUAUAUGUCUGACAAAUUCUGAAUUUCUAUGGUUUGUUGGACAGGUAAUCAUAUUUCCUAUUCGUUCUUUUUUAAUUUGAUAUACAGUAGCUUGACUAUGAUGCUGUUUCUGUAAAUUCGCUUGUGUAUUUAUGGAUAUGUGUUAUCCUAUUGAAUAAAAUAACCACAACAAAAAUCUUAUUUCGUGUGUAUUUAGUAUUCUUUUCUAAUCUCUAGCGAAUUUACGACAUUUAAACUUCAAAAAAUAUAGAAACAGUAAAUAGUUGGAUUUAUGAAUAACUUUUUGCAAAGUGUAUGAAAUCUGUUUAUUUUGUGAGUUCAUUGACUCUUAAUACAUACACUAUCAUCAAACAUCUUUCAUGCUCAAUGCAAGUUGGAUGAUCUUAAGUAAUGUAUGUAGGUAGGCGCAUCCAGCAUUAAUCUACAAAGUUCUCAGUUCGUAAUGUUAACAGUAUGUGGAAAUGCAGGAUUUUGCAUCCAGGUUCACAUGAAUUUAGACACUAUAUGUAAUCAGUAGUUGCUUAUCUAAAAUGUCGUCUAGUUCUUUUCAUGGUUCGUAACAAACGAGGAAUUUACAAGGAGACUAUUGUCUACUUUUCAGUGAGCAUCGAUAGUGAUUUUCAUCACAAUGAAUCCAAAAAUCCCAGAUCUCUCCCAACCUUACCUACAUAAAUUUGUCUAAAUUCGCCUAAACGCGGCACGUGAACUAUCAAUAUGAAACUGAGUUAGUUUUCUCCUAACUCUAAGCAUAAAAGUCAUAGGCUUAACAUUUGACCGCUUUGGGUUUAUUGACAGUCUAAUAGAACAAUAAAGUUCGUAUCAGUAGCAAUCUUCAGUUUCAUUCAAUCACUUUCUGUAUUACGACUCAUUCUGUUAAUUUUAAUGUCUACAUCCAAUCUUUUUGAAUUUUUUUUGUUUAUUUCGAUCAUGUGUGUGAUUGUUUUCCUCUGUAAUUCACAGUCUAAAAAAUGGCCAGAUAAACCGUGUCACAAAGGCUUCUUAUUCAUACCAACUGAAGAUCAUGUUGGUUUAUCAAUUCAGUUGAAAGUUCGUGUACGUGACAUUAAAGGUAUGGCCGGUGUCCCAUUCGGAACAAACAAAUUUUUUGAUCCUUAUGGACAACCGAUUGAAUGCAAAUCGCCUGUACUUAUAGCUCCUAAUCAAGUAUUUCAUCAACAGAGGUAAGAACGUUAAUAAUUGGUUUAAUUUCAUUCGCCAUAAAAGUAGUUUUGCAUAAUGAAGUAAAACAUUUAUAAUUAAAAUAAAUAUGUUCUACAUUUCUAGCUUGUUUGUAAUACGUUGAAUAUAGCAAUUCAAGGUAUACUCAGCCAAGUAACUGCACUUGUUGCAGCCAAUGGUGGUAACCACUUUUUCAGAGAAACUUAUCGAUGGUAAUGCAUGCACUUUGCAAGGAUCAAAAUGGAAUUUUGUGAGUUCAAUAAGAAGUAGCAGGACUGUAAAAUGGCCAAUACAGUAUGCCUCAUGUUAUAUUUUGUCCUAAUGAUGCUUUCCUAAACGUUGGUUAACGAAUGACGUUUGAACCUGUCGCGCAAAAAAUGUAGAUAGCUAGUGAUAUUGGUUAACACAUAGCUAUUGAAUUAUGCAGGUUAUGUAUACGUUAGUCAAAGGGAUAUAGAGCUUUGGGAGCCACAGUAUUUGAUUCUUCAAAACAGCAAGAAUUGUAGGCUGUAAAAGUCAGGGUAUGGCCUUAAUUGAUGUUAAGCAAUCACUUGAGCUAUACUCUCGAUUCCCUUUUUUUGUAUGCAAAUUGUAAUUACACUGUCGUGUCAGAUGGGACGUUUCUCCACUCACUCUCAUAACCUCUUACUCUUAUUCUCAUAUUAAUUAACAGGUAUAAGUGGAUUGAAAACAAUCAAUUAGAUUCACAACAUUUACGUGUUGUAAGUUACAAUAUUCUGGCCGAAAUGUAUGCUCGAUCUGAUUUUGCUCGUGCCCAUAUAUUCAAACAUUGCCCAGAGGCUUGUAUCAGUUCAGCCUACCGAUUACCGUUGAUUUUACGUGAACUGUUUUCUUAUCAGUCGGAUUUUAUCUGCCUUCAAGAAGUCGAUCGAUGGGUUUACGACAAAUACCUUCUAAAUGCUUUAAGAUCCCAUCGAAAUAUGGACGGCAUAUUCUUAGCCAAAAGAGCAGUCAUAACUGAUCCGAAUGAUCCGGCUAAAGUUAAAGUUGACACAGAAAAAGAAAAGGUAGUUGUAGUGUUUUUUUUUUCAGUAUAAGUUUAUUGAUAAUGAAAUAGUUUAGUGGUUUCUAGUAAAUUUGUUAUUUUUGAAUGCAGUUAAUACAAGUGACAAUAUAUAGGUACUUAUUGUGCUGUAGUUUAAAAAUUUGAUAGCGGUAACGUGGUGUUUAAAGUUCUCGCUUUUCAAUCAAUAGGCUGAAGACUUGAUUCUCCCUUCACUUCCAGUUUAGAUUUAUGGACCAUUACUUAGUCAUCAUCAACGUAAAGCUUAGAGGUGUGCCGGUUCAUGUUUUCAUACCGCUAGAUAUCAUACAGUGAGUCCCAAUGUCCAAGAACAUGAAUUUACGUUUGGUACAUAAAUUACAACUUAUCGUCAAUACCACCAUCAACAGUCGUAUUUAUGUUUUGUCUUUUGCUGGGUUGAUUAUCACAUGACUAAAUCGCCAAUUAGAACACCGACUUAUUGACCAGACCAAUGACGCAUGAACCAGUACGAGCAGCCUAGAGUCAAUUCUGAGUCCUGAUUGGUCCUUCUACCUAGCCCUGCCUGUUGAGUCCAAAACACAGCUUCCACUGCACUAAUCAUGUAUUUCAGACAUACGCAGUUUAUAUACGAGCAAAUCAGACCGCAUCAUACAAUAAGAUAGAAAAUAACAACCACACAAGAUCAAGCUAAAUGUGUCUGUGAGUGUAAGAGACUAACUAAUAAACUGGGAAUAACUUAGGAAUAGUGAAUCAUGUAAUAGUAGUUAAUAGCUCAAAUGGAAGCCUAUAAUAAAAGGAAUAUAAAUAUAUAAAAUCUACUUACUUGAUAGUUAUACAAUAAGAAUAUAUAUGGUAAAAAUCCAUAAAUAGAUCCUAGCAGUUACCAUUCACUUAUUCUUCGUUCAGAUGUAACAAUUUAUAGUGUGUCUUCUAUCACUGAUUAGGGCCUAGUAAACAUGACAUCGAGGGGGAAGCACAGUUCAAUCCUUUUUGAAAUUGAUUGCCUCAUGAAACCUUUAAAGCUCCAAUAUUCGUGACUCAGUUAAGACUUGAAAAUAACUACGUAUUUGUUGGGAUGUGCAUCUAGUUUUGUAUGUUGCAAAAUGUUAAACCUCUGUUCACUAUAUUUGGACAUAUACCGAAAAAUUACUGAACUUCUCGGUCAUUGAAGAACCUUUAAUGCUCUUUUUAGAUACUGUCUUAUCACCACAAAUAUCUAGUAGUUCGCUUUUCUUAAAAGUAACUUCAUGCAGAAGCUACAUAAAAAUUUAUACAAGGAACUACAAUCUACAACGUUUGUGUUUUAGCAGUUCAACUUAACUUCCGAUGUACCAUGUUCGAGUGAAAUGGAUUAGAACUCAUGUAGACCUGAUAGUUGUGUUUCAAGUCCAACUGUAGUUCCUACUAUAACGUGCUAAUCGGGAGUGUCUGUUGUGACUACCGAAUUAACUAUUUUGGGUAGAACACUCGUCGUUCCGUCAGGCCAGAUAAAUCGGUUAGAGAGCUGUAAGAUUCAGGACAACAAUUUAACGUCCAAACGUAAAAUCAUAUUAAGGCAGGAGUAAUGUGUUUGUUUCAGACAACCAGCAUCUACAAAUAGAUGUAAAAGCACACCAACUUCAAAGAUGUCGCACCUCAUCUAUUCUCGCCACUGGUGGUAAGGUUUGAAAAGCAUGAAGCUGACGCUAAAAAUACUCACUAAAAGAUUGUGUGUAACUAGACUCAUGAAUUCUCAUUUGGUUUUCAUCCUUAGUGGCUAGGGAAUCGAUUAAAUACUCGCAAAGUAUAUAUAUGUACUAUUUUUUUUACUUCAAAGGGUGAAGGUUGUGCAAUCUUCUAUCGUCGUGCUCGGUUUGAACUUGUGUCGAAAUGCGGCCUACCAUCGAUACUUCAUUAUGCAUCAACCGUUCCAUUUUUAUCAACUAUGUUAAACAAUUUCAAUUCCACAACCUUAAGCUGUAGCUCAACGGGCCAUUCAUUUAGUGAAGAGAAUACCGAAACCCAUAUUCAAAAGUCAUUAUCGCAGUGUCUGAUCAGUGGGAUAUUUCGAGAGAAGUCGACCACAUCACAAUCUCCUUUACUGAUUGUUUCUAAUGCCCACUUCUAUUUUCAUCCUUCAGCUAGUCCGAUUCGAAUAAUUCAAGCGCGUACAGUUCAUUACUACUUAUCAAAACUUGCUAUGGAUUACAGACAGUCGGAUAAUAAACCAAUUCCAAUUGUUUUUUGUGGGGAUAUUAAUCAGUGUCCAGGUAGUGAUGUGUAUACCGCUCUCACUCAAGGUGAUGGAUGCCCAUCUGAUGAGGAGGUUGCUUAUCAGCCUAUAUUUGAAUCAGCUUAUGUAAAUAAUCCACCUGAAUUUACUAACUGGGUGCCUGGAUUUCACAAUGUUUUGGACGUUAUAUUGUAUAAUACAGACUCAGAUUUAAAAUGUAUUCAUGUGUUGCCGAUUGAUCCACUGGAGAAAAUCCAAGAGUUGUUGAUUCAGUUAAUCAAUGAGAAUGGUCAAAUUGUGCAAGAUUCUAGCGAAUUGGGUCUCCCAAACGCCUACUUCCCAAGUGAUCAUAUCGCACUUGUAGCUGAUUUUUCAUGGGACUCUUUAGAACAUACAAGUGAAUAGUUCUUCAUGUAUAACUACAGGAAAGAAAAUGAACUUAUUAAAAACAAUGAUAAUCGUCAUCUUUUUAUUAGAUAAAUCAGUCAAUCUAAUAUAGAUCUAGUUUUGAUAAACUUGAAGUGAUAGACUUGUUUUUUUAAAGAUAAAUCUUAGAAUUGAGAUAACCGUAAUGUAAACAAUAUUUUGUUGUGAUGGUUGCUAUUUUCUGUGUUUACUUUGGUUUUCUCAAACGUUUCUUCUCAACAUAGUGUUGUUUUCGCCCUUAUCAUCCUGUUCUGGAUCAUAUGUAGAUUCUGAUUGACAUUCUACAGACACCACUUCAAAUCUUCCUGUAGAACUGGAAGCUAUAAAAUAAAAGCAUUAAAGUAGUCAAACGAUUGUAAUUGUGGAAUAAAUUUUUGUACAGUGUCAAUUUAUCAAAUAAUUACUGGAUG